CUUCGCUGCUCUACUAAUUUGUGUGCUGCUGCAGUAUUUUGCGGGACAAACACAAAACAGUUGCUUUAAGAAGAAAAGGCAACUUUACAGCCUACAUCAUUAUGGCGCAUUACAGAGCUCCAGACCCCAAAAGGGAACAGUUUCGGAGAUACUUGGAGAAAGCUGGUGUUGUUGACAGCCUUACCAGCGUGUUUGUUGCUCUGUAUGAACAACAAGAAAAACCCACUAAUGCUCUGGAAUUUCUGAAGCAGCACCUCGGCGCGGCGGGCCAGGCCUCCGCAGACACGGAGGCUCUACAGCAGGAGGUGAUGGACCUGAGGCAGAGGUGCUCACGUCUGGCAGAGGAGAACAAAGACCUCAGAACAAAACUCCAGCAGUACGAACCUGUGUCAGAAGACGCAGCCACGGUGGACUAGAGACCCCAGCAGAGCUUUGGCACCAUUAAUACAGCUUUUGUUUCUAUUACUGUAACUUUAAGUCCAGACGACACUGUUAAGUGAAGGAUUUUUAUGCAGCUGUUUUUGUAAAUCUUAUUUCUAUGUUUCUUAGAAUUUAAAUUAUUCUGUACAUGUAUGUAAAUAAGUUUUUUUCUUGUUUGUUCAGUAUUUAGUAAAUCUUUACAGUAAGUAUGUUUCUGUACGAUUUAGACAAGUCUGUUCUUUAGACAUCGGACUUUUUUUUUUUUCUUUUUUGAGGGCUUUAUGUAAGAAAAUAACCAAUAUGUGUUUUUCUGGCGUUGUUAUAAGCACAAACGCACCACUCAGAUCUAAAUGACUGUGGGACAAAGACAGGUCAGGUGAAAGUAAACCAUUGUAAA